GCACGUCACUCUUGCAUGGCAAGUGGUGGGAGCACGGGCUGCGUUUCAGUCCGGGCUUCCCCCCCUCCCCGCCCCCGCCCUUCUCUCCUUCCUUCUCCGACACAGCCUCAUCACCACCACCCCACACCCCACCCCCCACCCCCCACUGUAGAAUGCUUCUGGCUCACUGGCAGAGGACCGCAGAGCCUUAGCUCUCCGUCUCCCCCCUCCUUCCCUGGCGCCACCCUUGGGUCCCCGGAGCGGAGGGGCGCUGUAUGGAGGUGGUGUAGCCUUAGGAGUGGGCGGAACCCCCGCGUCCUCCCCCACCCUGCCCUGAUGCUGUAGUCCUCAGGUGGGGCUGCAUGUGAUAUAUGUUGGGUAAAGGAGGAAAACGGAAGUUUGAUGAGCAUGAAGAUGGGCUGGAAGGCAAAGUUGUGUCUCCUACUGAUGGUCCAUCUAAGGUGUCCUACACCUUACAGCGCCAGACUAUCUUCAACAUUUCCCUUAUGAAACUCUAUAACCACAGGCCUCUGACAGAGCCAAGCCUGCAGAAGACAGUUUUAAUUAACAACAUGUUGAGGCGGAUUCAGGAGGAACUCAAACAGGAAGGCAGCUUGAGACCUGUGUUCAUCACCACUUCUCAGCCAGCUGACACGCUGGGGGACGAUUACCGAGAGGCCCAGCCUGCUUUUAGCCAUCUCGCCUCCUCCCCAGCCCACCCCGCUGACUUGGUAAACACUACACCCCUAGAGUCUUGCCUCACCCCAGCCUCUCUGCUGGAGGAUGAUACUUUUUGCACUUCUCAGGCCGUCCAGCCCAACGGUCCUACGAAACUACCACCUCCAAACGUCCAACCAGAAAAGGACAGCUUCUCCUCAGCCUUGGACGAAAUUGAGGAGCUCUGUCCAACACCUACCUCCACUGAGGCAGUAGCAACAGCAGUAGCAACAGUUGACAGCUCUAAAGAAGGCUCCAGCGAGUCUAACGUUCAGAAACCUGAGGGACUCCAAGAGAGCCGAACAACCGACUCAAAACUUAUGGACUCUCUACCUGGAAACUUCGAGAUAACAACUUCCACAGGUUUUCUGACAGACUUGACCUUGGAUGACAUUCUGUUUGCUGAUAUAGACACAUCAAUGUAUGACUUUGACCCCUGCACUUCUGCUACAGGGGCAGCCUCCAAAAUGGCUCCUGUCUCUGCAGAUGACCUCCUUAAGACUUUAGCCCCCUAUAGUAGUCAACCAGUUGCCCCAAAUCAGCCUUUCAAAAUGGACCUUACAGAACUGGAUCACAUAAUGGAGGUGCUUGUUGGGUCGUAAAACCUAUAAAAACCGAGAGACUUUUUUCUGUACCAGUAUAUCCACCCUUGGUAGUAUUUUCACAACCCUACAGAUUCACAGCACUGUGCAUGCAUCGUCCUCGCUUGCCUUUUCCAGAAAAAAAAAAAAGGAUCACACUAGUACUUUUUGCCUCAAGCAGAGUUGGAGUGCCUUCAUCCAUGUAUGACCACUUUUAAUGUUUUUAAGUGGUUCCUCAAAGAAGACCUAAUAUCCUGGUAUAGGGAAGAAUACGUAUUGAAGACAAUAUUACUACAUUGUUACUACAAAAAAAAGUGAAGCACAAGGAUUAAGUUGGGGAAAGCUGUAAAUUGCAUGUGCAUAUUUGUCUAUUUUUUCUAUAAGUUUUAUUGCAAGAGGUAAAAAAAUUUAUUAUUUAGAUAAUCUCAGUAUCUUUUUUGGCAUUUUAGCCCUGUGUAGGUUGACUUAGCAAUUCAGCCUUUUGGAGGCAUUAACUACUCCUCUUAAGUGUUGCAUUUACAUGGCUGUUUAGAAACUGCUGCCCAAAUUUAUUUUAUAUUUUUGUACAGAUUCUGCAGUUUAUUAUAUUGUUUUUCUAAAAACAAAUGCUGUUUAUACACACAAAAUAGCUAUUUUGAUAGGAUUUGCUCACAUAGUUCCUGCAUACUUCAAAUGUACAAGAUGCGCUUGUACUUUUAUACAGAGUUGUAAUGUUUUAUAUGUGUAUGGUGCAAAGAGAAAAUCAGAUCAAAUUAAUCUGCAGUUGAUAUCCCUAAAUGCAAACACACAGUGCUUUAAGAAAGGGCCAGGAGAUAUUUCACCCAAGUUUCCCAAGUACCAACUCCCUGUUAUAAAAACACCUGUGUACUACUGUGAUUUCCAAACCUAGAGCCAUGUCUACUCACAAAACUUCUAUUAAGCAGUUGGCAGGAAAUAGCUGUGAAACUUGGGUUCAAAGUGAUGGUUCUCUGUAGCUUUCUCUUUUGAGAGGAAGGCUACUGAAAACUUAGCCUUCAAGUAUGUAUGCCAAGUUACUGUUUUUAAUUUUUUAAAAAUUGAACCCAAAUGUUUCAUUUUAACAUAAUUUUCUCUGUGACUUGAACUUAAUUAGCUUUCUAGAAAAAUCAUCACAUCUGAACUGAAUUUUAUUAAAAUCAAUCAUUUUAUGGAAUGAAAAUACCUUUUAAGAGUAAGUUUAUUUUGUUUUUAAAUUACAUUUUAAAAAGGCAUACAUCAUUUAUUUGAAUCAUCAUAUACCAUUAUUCUUCCUCCCUUCUCCCCCCUUCCUUGGAGCAUUUGUUCACUCUGUUGAUAAGUGCUGAAAAUGGCAUCUUCAGUAUUACUGCAGUGAAGCUCAUCUCUUAUCUGCACUGGAUGGACUCUAACUUUAAUAUCCAUUGCUGUGGAAACUGGAGUUAGUCACAUUACAUCACUUGGCAUCUCCAGCGUGGUUGGUUUCUUUUAUCAACUGCGUUAACUGCUUUACACUUUAUAGGCCUGUUGUACCAGAAUAUACAAACACAGCUUUCUAUGCAUGUUUCUUCUCUCCCUCCCAUAACACCUGAGAAGUCUUCGUUACUGCACCAAUAGCGUUUUUAUUCAUUGUGGUGUACAUUUAAUUUAAAAAUGUUUGCAAUGUAUCAUGCCUGUUGCUGAAAUAGUUUAUGGCAUUUUAGGGCUCCCCACUCCCCUUCCCCCUGCCAUGGUACUUUAGCUGUUGCGUGCAAGUUGCAACCUAUAUUGUUGAAAUGCAUAUGGCUUCUUUAGGAAUAACUUUUAUAUUUAUUUAAUAAAUUUUAAAUUAUGGGGUUUUUUGUUUUGUUUGUCAUUUGACAAUAUUCAGUCAUCAGUUCUGCUCGCUUCUUGCCAUGGAUGAAAUUGGGUAUUUUCUGUCUAUUAAAAGGAUAACUUUAUAAAAUGGCACUUUAAACCGGCCAUAGAUAGUCUACAUAGUAAUAUAAUGCACAUGACAAAGCAGAUAAAUUACUCACAUAAGUAAAAGGUUCAUGUGUAAAAUUCUUCUGGACCCUAGUUUACUUUCAUCCCCCUUGAGUUUUGUUUUUAAAAGACUUAUCAACUCAGUGAAGCAGCAAGAAACUAAUAGAAUUGUAGUUCCCUUACAAACAACCUUAACACCCAUAACUUUUUUGAUACUGCAGACAGAUUAGGCAUUAUCUCUUGGUAGAAUUAGGGACCAUAUUCAGUUGAGGAAAUAGGAAUGGGGAUUAUGUUAUUUUGCAUCCCGUGUAGUUGUGAUUGCUCCAUUUUGGCUCUUCUCUUCCUUGUCAAAAAACAAUCCUGCCCUCGGAUUCCAAGAUCUGUAUCAUUGGAGAACCCAGGAAACUAGCCACAUGCUAUACACAUAUGUCUAUGUAUGUACCAUAGCGCUGAUUGUUCAGAACGAUAGUGUGGUAAGCGAUUGUUUGACCAGCUGAAAACCGAUUUAUAGUAACUUAGAACAACCACACUUUUGUUGGAUUAGUAAAUUGUGUAUUUAAACAAAUACCAUGUGUGAGGUGGUUGUUCAAAAGAGCACUGUUUCCAAAGCAAUGAAGUGUUGCCUGAAACUUACUUUUUGAAAAUCCCUUAUUUGUAAGGUAGCGUUAAAACAGAGAAUGAAUAUAAUGUGUGUGUACAUAUAUAUGUGUAUAGGAAUGUGAGUGUACAUGCAUAUGUAAGCAUAUGCAUAUACACACACACACAUACACUCUAAUAAGGAAGAUAAGGGAAAUUGUGGUCCAUUUUAAAAGGGCAGAACCAUCAAGUUUUAAUUUUUUUAAAAUUUUUACAAAAUUAAGUACCAGAAAGGCAGAAUAAUCUUUAUUGUGGUCUCUAAGUCCCAGCUCUACAGGGACAAUACUUUCAGAAGAUUCCAUUCUUUAGCAGUAACAUUUCCUUUUAUAAUCUGGGCAUCGUGAACAGUUCAGAGUCAAACAGGCAGUUUGAGGAGCCUUUAUAAAAGACACAUGCCAGGCUUGGGUGGGUGUAGGGGUGGGUGUGGGGGGUGGCAGUGACAUUUAUUGACAAUGAUGUGCAAUGAAGUGACAAGAUGAGAGCAGAAUGAAAAAGCUUUGAAUUUGAAGUGAUUUUUUUCAUAAGUUAUUUAUUCCUUUUUCUUUGUAAAUAUAUUUAUUUUAUUGUGAAGCUAACAACAUCUGGAUUGUAACAUGUACAGAAUGUAUGGUAGGAAUGUAUUCUCUUGUAGGAAUGUAAAUCUGUAUUAAAAAGGGGAUCAGAGCCAGACUCAGAAAAUGAACUGGGUUCUUUUCAUGGUAUGCACGGUUCACAUUUAUUUUUACUCUUUUCUAAUGUGGGUCUAUUUGAAAUAUGCAAAAGGUAUGGAUGAAGAUUGUUUUAAUCCCCAAAUUUUUAGGAAAAUCAAGCAUUAAAGGGUCGAUUUUUAAAAGAUUUUUAAUAGCACUGCUUUCCCUUUAUCAAGGAAGGAGCAACCAAAUUGACAUGCUUGUUCAUGCCAAAGGGUCAGAAACAAGCCUCCGAUACACACCUGAGUGUCUUUCUCAUUCAUUAUCAGUUGAUGCAUUUAAAUACUGCAUUCCCUUGGGGAGUACCGUUACUGCCCUGAGGUAGAGAAAGGAACAUUUCCUGAAGUAAAUAAACUCUGAAGAGCAGUAGUAUAUAGCGUUACAGAUCAUUUUUAAAGCUUAAAUUUAUGAAUCACCUCUGUGGUAAGCAAUGAAUUAGGAAUACCCCAGGGCACCCUUUAAUGACUGGUGAAAAAUGCUGACAACCCCACCCCACCCUCACUUUGUGCAGGAGUUCGGGGCUUCUUCUAGCUGUUCAUGUCCUGGAUUAUUUCAAAAUGAUUGUUGCAAAUCUGACCUUCACACUGCCUGCCAAAAUUCAAAUCAUCACAUUCAACAAGUUUUGGAUGAGAAACGGUUAAUUUCCUGCCACACUCGGGUACAUUGAUCCUACAGAGGUUUGUGUGACCUACAUGCUUUCAAAAGGCUUUUGGUGCUUCUUAAAAUUGAAGCUGACUGAUUCUUGAGAAUGAGCCAAUUUAAAAUUUUGCUGAAAAUGAAAUAAAGAUUCUGCACUUUUGGGAAGAAAACUAUUGAAGAUAAAUGUAAUCCAUACAUGUAAACAGCAGAGAUUCUGGAAAAGGUGUAAAUAGUGUGAAAUGUUUGGUGUAUGGCUGUUGAGAAGGGCGUGUUGUCAAAAAGGAGGCUGUAAUUUCCCCCACAGACCUUAGAGCUGUGCCUUUUCUAUGCAAUAUUACAGACAUAUACAUCUGAACCCAGAUUACUGUAUUCACAUGUAGGUAUGGGCUGUAAUCUAAACAAUUGGAUAAAUGUACAUGGAAAUAAGCAGUCUUACUUUUGUAGUUUUAUAUUAUACAAUAAACAGUUAAAAGGAUA